GUUUCAGGAGCUGCGGUCUAUGACGACACUUACAUGGCUCGGACCGGCGACGUUGUGACCUCUGACGCCCCUUACAAACUCAAGCUCAAGGUCAACGUGUCAUCACCUAACUCCAUUGACAAGAUCGAGUCCCCGAAGUCUUCUAUUGACGUGACAUAUGGAGGUACUUCUGCACAGGUUAGGCUGAAGGAUGACCACAAGCUGGACUCAGAUGUGGAGCUCUAUGUCCACUACAAGGACAAGCACAGACCAUUUGCAGUGACCGAGCUUGGACAAGGAACAGACGGCUUCAUGGCAGACCACACCGUUAUGCUGACCUUCGUGCCCGACCUUUCCCGCGAGGACCUGGUCGCCAACUGCGGAGAGUUCAUAUUCAUCCUGGACCGUUCGGGUAGCAUGAGCGGGAACAAGAUCAAGAAUGCUCGCGAAACCGUCCUCCUGUUCCUGAAGAGCCUUCCCGUUGGCUGUUACUUCAACAUUGUCGGAUUUGGCAGCAGGCACGAGUCACUGUUCAAGGGCAGUGAAAAGUACGACAACAAGAGUCUGAAAACAGCCUGUAAGGCUCUGGGGAAGAUGGAGGCAGACUUGGGCGGAACUGAGAUCCUUCAGCCUCUACAGCAUGUGUACAAACAGCCUCCAAUAGCAGGGCAUCCGAGACAGCUGUUCCUGUUGACUGAUGGAGAGGUUUGGGACACGCAGGCGUGUGUGAGGGAGGUGGCGAAGCAUGCCGACUCUGCCAGGUGCUUCUCUGUUGGUAUCGGUGAGGGUGCGUCCACUGCUCUGGUCAAGGGCGUGGCCAGGGCAGGGCGUGGCAAGGCGGAGUUUGUGUCUGGCACAGACAGACUGCAGGCAAAGGUGAUGCGGCUGCUCAGCUGCGCCCUCCAGCCCACAGUGACAGGUGUAGGUUUGACCUGGCAGCUGCCUGUCGGGGUGACAGCUGUGCCCAUCCCCUCCACACCCCCUCCCAUUUUCAGUGGGGACCGUUUCAUCAUGUAUGCACAGCUACAGGGGCAGCUGCCGGUGGAUGUCACGGAAGGCUCUGUAACCCUGUGUGGCCAGAUGCUUACUGAGGAGAUAAAACACAACCUGAACCUGAGCCUACAGUCCCGGGAUCAGGAGAUGCCGAGUGCAGAGGACAGCCCUGAGCCACAACAGUUACACAGGCUGGCGGCUAAGACUCGCAUCAAAGAGCUAGAGGUGAAUCUGGAAAAGGAUGACAACGAUGACAGCGAAACAGUGUCAGAUACGACAAAGAAGCAGAUCAUCGACCUCAGCGUGGCGACCAACGUGGUGUCCAAGUUCACGUCCUUUAUUGGCGUGGACAGCGAGCGGGGAGAACCGAUCGAGGGCGCCAUGGUACAACGGAACGUCCCGCGCCCACAGAUGAUGAUGUGUAGGGCAGCAUACGCAGCACCACCAGUUCUAUGUGCUGCUCCAAUGGCAUAUGCAAUGGAUGAGUGUGAUUUUGGCGGGUUGGCCGAUGAUGUUUAUGAUGAUUGUGAAAUGGCCAUGGAUUGUGACAUGGAAGUUCUAGGUCUUGAAACAGAAGAGACAGGUGGGGGGCCCAUAGUUAGAAUGGCAGGUGGGGGUCGAGGGGGACAUCCUCCUAGCUGUCGGACAGGAAACCGUAAAAGGGCCAGCACAGGAGUGAAAUCAAAAGCAAUGAAAAAGAAGAAGAACAUGUUUUCAAUGCCUUCAAUGCCAUUAUUUGGAGGCGGAUCGCGAGGAAAAAGUGCUGCUACUCCGAAGAAGUUAGGAAGAAGUUUUGCUCCUGAUGAUGACGAUGAUGAUGAAGAAGAAGACACCGCCCCUCCCUCAACAGUCAUCCCCUUACAGAUGGCUGAAGGAUCAUGGGAACUGGAUGAGGACCUUGCGGCUGUACUGGGGGUGAAGUUGGACAGGCUAACAAAGGAGUGUCCCGUACAGAAGAAGACAGUGUGGGCGACAGUGCUGGCUCUGGUCUGGCUUCACUCCAAGAUGGGGGACAAGAAGGUGGAAUGGCAGAUGCUGGCGCGCAAGGCAACGACCUGGCUGAAGGGCCACCAGCAGGGGUGGUCCGCAGAUGAUGUCGUUGGGAAGGCGUGCGGUAUUCUGGGGGCAAAGGUCGACCCCAGCAUAGUUCUUGGCUGAAGGAUACGUCCAUCUUGUGAUGGUUAAAUACAAGACCAGUAGUUGAACACUUACCUGACUUGCAUACUACUGGUGUCAACUCUUACCUGACUUGCAUGCUAUAGCUACUGGUGAAAAGUUGCAGACCUAAAGCGACUAUCUCUCAGUGGACUGUGGUAUGUUGGCGGUGUUACUAUUUCCUAGAUUGCAUUUAUGUUACCCCCUGACUAUAUGAUGGGAAUAUCAUACAAAACUUACAAA